CCACAAAUAAUACCAGAUGACUGGUAGUGGAGAAGUAUAUAAAUUCAAAGGCUGAAGAGUUGUCAUUAAGACGCCCCAAAGUCUAAAAAACGACUAGAGUUGACUAUGUCUUUAAAGAUUAAUUUGUUGGUCUGUUUGUUCAUUUUUCAUCUGUUGGCUGCCGCUAGUGUUAGAGGGCACAAGAUAGGGAUCUAUGAGAUCAAGAAAGGAGAUUUCUCUGUUAAGAUCACCAAUUAUGGUGCCACAAUCAUAUCUGUUCUUCUUCCUGAUAAGCAUGGAAAAAUAGGUGAUGUUGUUCUUGGAUAUGACACUAUCCAGGAAUACAAGAAUGAUACAAGUUAUUUUGGAGCCACACUUGGAAGGGUUGCUAACCGGAUCGGUGGUGCUCAAUUUACUUUGAAUGGAAUCCAUUAUAAGCUUGUCCCCAAUGAAGGCAAAAACAUGUUGCAUGGUGGCCCUAAAGGAUUUAGCAAAGUUGUAUGGAAAGUUAGCAAGUACGUGAAAGAUAGUCCAAGUCCUUACAUAACUCUAACCUACUACAGUGCUGAUGGUGAAGAAGGAUUUCCUGGUGCUGUUCUUGCCUCUGUUACCUAUGCAUUGAAAGAUCCCUACAAACUUAGCGUGGUAUUUAGGGCAAAAGCACUGAACAAGGCCACUCCAAUUAACCUGUCUCACCACCCUUACUGGAACAUUGGUGGACACAACAGUGGCGACGUCUUGUCCCAAGUUCUUCAAAUUUUUGGAUCACACAUCACCCUAGUAGAUAAACAGUUCAUUCCCACAGGCGAAAUUGCCCCCGUCAAGAACACGCCGUAUGAUUUCUUGAAACCCCGUAAAGUGGGGAGCAGGAUCAAUAAACUCAAAAAUGGAUAUGACAUCAACUAUGUACUUGACAGCAAUGAAAAAAUGAAACCCGUGGGAAUAGUUUAUGAUAAGAAAUCAGGAAGAGUGAUGGAUGUACAAGCAUCUGCACCUGGUGUCCAAUUCUACACUGCAAAUGGGGUUAAUAAUAUAAAAGGGAAAGGUGGUUUUGUUUAUCAACCUCAUUCAGCAUUGUCUUUGGAGACUCUAGUGUUCCCUGACGCUGUGAAUCACCCUAAUUUCCCGUCGACAAUUGUAAAUCCGGGAGAGAAAUACGUCCACUCUGUUUUGUAUACGUUCUCCAUAAAAAAGUAGGAGUACUACAAUGCUUAUAUUUUUUUUUUAAAAUUUCCAUUAUGCUUCUGGCAUUUGUAUCUUCUGCAUAAAUUGAUGUUUCUGUCAAGGUUAUAUGUUAGAGUUAAUUUUAUCCAUGGUGAUUGAACUUU